AUGCCCGCAGAAGGUGCAAGCAUCAAAAAUGCUGAUGUACCUGCGGCUGCUCCUGCGCCGAUUGCAGAUGGCAGCAAGCAAAUCAAUCGCUCUGCCGACUCCACAGCCAAGCCCCCAAAAGGUGGGGCGGCCCCCCCGCGACACUUCACGGAGACUGCUCCGGCUUCUGCAUCAGAUACGCUACCUCCAAGGGAGGAAGCAAUGGAAGGUGCUGCCACCCUGUCGUCGAAGGAUCAUCCUGCGACGGAGGCGUCUGACAAGAGUGACUGCAGCAGCCACCGAGGGCCAGCAUUUUGGAAUCCGUACCUUGACAGUGAUAGCGAGAUUGCCAGCAGCCUUUCCGAGCGUGGUGGCGACAACGGGCAGCAGCCAGCGCAGCCCUUCUUUUGUCGACCUGGCGCAGAGCAGGCUCCUGCAAGACCGCCUGGCACUUGGAGGCCGCCCAAUGCAUCGGAGAGGGGACUCGAGAUGCUGGCUUCAGCGCCUGCAGCGCCAUCACGUCCACCAG